AUUAUGCCGCGGAGUAUAUAAGGCUCACUCUAGAAAACGAAGCGGUUCAGUUAGUGGUUAUACGCCACCACAAAACAUACGCGAACUCAACGAUGAAUAUUAAGAUCGCCAUCGUCCUGGUGGCACUGGCCACGUUGUGUAGCUGUUCAGAGGAAUCGAAGUCGUCGGAGAAGGAGUCUUCCUCGGCGGAGCAACCUCAGAAGAAGACCGAGAAGAGAGGUCUGCACGGUAGCUACGGCGACCUAGGCGGGGGUGGCGGCGGCGGCGACUAUGGGGGCGGCGGCGGCGGUGGAGGCGGCGGCGGUGGCGAGAGCUACGGGCACCACGAGCACGUGAAGACGGUGACGGUGGUGAAGAAGGUGCCGGUGCCGUACGAGGUGACGAAGCACGUGCCUUACCUGGUGGAGAAGCACGUCCCGUACGAGGUGAAGGUGAACGUGCCGCAGCCGUACACCGUCGAGAAGCACGUCCCGUACCCGGUCAAGGUGUUCGUGAAGGUGCCGGUGCACGUGCCGCAGCCGUACACCGUCGAGAAGAAGGUGCCGUACGAAGUCAAGGUACCCGUGGACAAGCCGUACGAGGUAAAGGUGCUGGUGCCUCAGCCGUACACCGUUGAGAAGCACGUACCCGUCCCGGUGAAGGUGCCCGUGCCGCAGCCGUACACCGUCGAGAAGCACGUGCCGUUCCCGGUGAAGGUCAAAAUUCCGGUGCCGCAGCCGUACCCGGUCGAGAAGCCAGUCCCGUACGAGGUCAAGGUCCCAGUCGACAAGCCUUACCCGGUCACCGUGCCGAAACCGUACCCGGUCACCGUCGAGAAGCCGUACCCGGUGCCGGUCGACAAGCCGGUGCCCUACGAGGUCAAGGUUCCCAUAGACAAACCCUACCCGAUCCCGGUCGAGAAACCGUACCCGGUGCCAGUCAAGGUGCCCGUGCCCCAACCCUACCACGUCCACAAGCACGUACCCGUCCCGGUGCCGAAACCCGUCCCCUAUCCGGUCAAAGUGCCCGUAGACAAGCCCUACAUCGUUGAGAAGGAGGUGCCCUACCCGGUCGAGAAGGAGGUGCCUGUGCCGGUCAAGGUACCCGUCCCGGUACCAAUUUACGACGAUCACGGUAGCUACGGCGGCGGCGGAGGCGGAGGCGGUGGUGGCGGAGGUUACGAGUUGUCCGGUGGCGGAGACGGCGGCGAUUACUACUCGCACCAUCGUUGAAUCGGUCGUUCAAACAGGUGAUCGGACGGUCCUUCGUCGACCAGCUGCGCGCGCUCCUUGGAUCUCCGGAUGGCUCUUACAGGUUGUCCGAAGAGUGCGUUUCCACUCGGAUUCCGAAGAAUUUCUCGAGCUAGUUGCGGAAAGGACUUUUCGGACAACCUAGUGCCUCCUUCCUGGCGCACGCGGGGAACGAUCGUUGACAAAAAGUAUACGCGGAUCGAAAAUGUAGGUGUCGUUUCGGCAGGGAAUCCCGUCUUUCAACUGCGCGUUGCCGAACGGACGACCAGCGAGAGUGCCGCGGCUCCGAUUGGUUGUUAAGUGACAAUGUCAACGAAUCGGAUCCCGAAAACACGCCUUUGCCCUCGUCCUGCUAAUCGUCUUUCCGUCAACGCGCUGCGUUCGCGAGUCUUUCGUGGCGACAGUCUUUUAAUCACGCAUCGUACAGCCGGUAGGACGCGUUCCCGAUGCACCCGCCGUAACCUUCGAUCCGGAUCUCUCGGAGAACAGCUCUUCCCGAAGACCGUUCGCGAAGAGAGUUCCCCGAGCUCGCGAUCUUCCGGCUAUUCUGUCCGACCGAUACCGCUCGAGUUCUCGGUGCACGUUCGAAAAAUGUUUCCAGAGGUUGUGCUUCUGUAUAAUAGCCGCGCUUUAUUGUAAACGUUUACGCUAGUUGUCUAUAUGUAUUGCUGUUCCAAAGAAAAGAUCGGUGUCGGCCUUGUCGGGGCGAUGUUCGCGCGCGCGCGCGCGCACGCAAGUCAGCCGACGUGUAAAAGUAGGCGUCCGCCGCAUCGUGCGGCGACGGGAAAACACUUGUACCUAACUUAAGUUAAGACACCCCUGAGCGAGGUAGAGUUUCUUUUUGUAUCAAAGAUUUGUAAUAAAUGUUUCUGUAUCAUGAGA